AUGUAUUUUGAUGGAGCUGUUAACCUCUCUCGUUUUGGCACUGGAGCAGUCCUGAUAUCCCUAGCUGAUCAGCAUUAUCCGGUAGCUGCAAAGUUAAUAUUUCCUUGUACCAAUAACAUUUCAGAAUGUGAAGCUUGCAUCCUUGGUCUCCAAUUAGCCAUCGAUAUGAAGGUUAAGAGAUUACAAGUUUAUGGUGAUUCUGCGCUUAUCAUUCUCCAAACAGGAGGUGAAUGGCAAACUCGUGAUUCAAAACUGAUUCCUUACCAUGAGUAUCUUAAGGAUUUGGUGGAAGAAUUCGAAGAGAUCUUAUUUGAUUACUUGCCAAGAUCUCUAAAUCAGUUUGCUGAUGCCUUGGCGACAUUAUCCUCAAUGUUACAAGUAACUGAUGGUUUGAAUAUUGAUCCUUUACAAAUCGAUGUUUUAAAGGAGCUUGCGUAUUGCAUGGUUAUAGAAAAAGAACUCGAUGGUCAACCAUGGUACUGUGACAUUAUGAAUUACCUUCGAGAAGGAAAAUUUCCCCACGAAAGUCGAGCUACUGAAUACUUGACUAAGUUAGCUUCCAAAUUCUUCCUCAGCGGAGGUGCUUUAUACAAAAGAUCUUUUGAUUCGGUCCUGCUGAAGUGCGUAGACACCAAAGAAGCCAAUUUACUAAUGAAGGACAAACAUGAAGGAGAAUGUGGUCCUCAUAUGAAUGACCAUCUUCUAGCAAGAAAGAUCAUGAGGCUAAGUUACUACUGA